CCCCCUCCACCAAGCUUGUCUGGUGGAGUGGGUCCUUGCCGCCUCCAACCACGGGCCUUUACACGCUUUAUAACAGUCCACCCUGCACUCUUCCACUACCACACUUCCCAUGGUACUCUCCUUCUCCCGCUGCGGUGUGGCUGUGGUGUGGUGAGGCGCUGCAAGCUUGUGAGAGAGCCGGCAGGUGUCGCCCUAAAUGCAGGAAGAUGUCAGAGUUGAAGGCCGCCCUUGAAGACGACUCGACUCCCUCCAACCAAGACACUGUGUCAGAGGAGGAUGACAACCUCAGCGACCUGGAGUCCCACACGGGAAGCGAGCGGGACGCCGCCUCGGAGGCCGGCUCUGAGACUCCCUCCCUCUCAGAUCGGUCCAGCCAGCGUGCCUCCCGGUCCGCCUCCAACACCCCCACCAACACGAGGUCCACGCGCAGCAGGGACAACCCAGACUUUGUGGCCAAGCAGAAGUCCUUCAUGGCAAAGGUGCAGGCGGCCACGGCGGGUAGUGAGGGGGCCAUGGUGAGGCCGGAGACACCGGGCAAGAGGAGGAGGGACGGCAGCGCCUUCACCUCCUCCACCAAGAAAAGAAAGCUGGGCAAGACAGACAAUAAUGGUCAGGACUACCAGAACGACAAUUACUGCUGGGAAUGUCAUCGGGAGGGUGUGUUCAUCUGCUGCGAGAUGUGUCCCCGUGUGUUCCACCUCAAGUGUGCUGGCAUGGAGAAGGAGCCGGAGGAGGACUGGGCAUGCAGCGAGUGCCAUGCGGUGAUGCAGGCCGAGAACACGGAGAACCGGUCGCGGUCUAUGCAACUUAUCUCCGUGGAGCAGCUGUGUACCCUGCUCAAGUAUGCGCUCAACAGGCUCAAGACCAUGGCUGGGAUGGAGCCAUUCACCAAGCCGGUGGACACCACAGAGUUCCCAACAUAUGAGGACAUAGUGGUGCACCCGGUGGACUUCACUUCGCUGGAGCGGAACAUAAAGAGGAAGUUCUAUGGCUCCACGGAGGCUUUCUCGGCUGAUGCCCGGUGGAUUGUGCAUAAUUCUGUGAUAUUCAAUGGAGCUAAUUCCAAGGUUUCUUCAAUGGCUCGCUCACUGGUGAAGAUACUAAAGCAGGAGAUGAGUGAGAUAGAGACUUGUCCUGACUGCUACAUGAAUGCUCACCAGAACCCUAAAAGCUGGUUUACAGAAGUGUGUAGGUCAGCUCAUCCGCUCAUCUGGGCGAGGCUCAAGGGCUUUCCUUUCUGGCCAGCCAAGGCUGUCAAAUGGAAAGAUGGCAAUGUUGAUGUCCGGUUUUUUGGUCGGCAUGACAGAUCGUGGGUGCCCAUCAAGGAAUGUUUUCUAUUCUCUGAACAGAUGCCAACUCCCCUUAAGAACCGCAAUAAAACCCUGGAGGCUUGUCUGCAGGAGGUAAAUGAACACAUUGCCAAGCUAAGAGAAAAGUUUGGCAAGUUCAAGUACGCUCCUCACCGCAUCCAGUUCAACCCUUUAGAUCCCGACCAGAUUAAGAUAAUGCUGCCAAACUACAAGGGUCCUGUGCCUCAGAGGGUCCGUCCCCAGUCCAGGGCUCUCUCCCGCCUCUCUGCUCACUCAGAUGACGAGACGUCGUCCAUCGCCUCGACAGACAGUGCAGGAGGCAUGCGGCGCGGCAGGAAGGAGUCUGGCACCUCCUCUGCCACACAGGGCACUGAAACAGAGACCGAGGUGCCGACCCACAUGCCUGAGGCUCUCCGGCACAGGAAGAGCGGCAGCAAGUCCCCGUCACAGGAGAGCGAGGAGGUGAGGAGACGAGAAUCCAAUCAGGAGAGAGAGAAGAGCAAAGAAGUGCCGUAUUCGGAGGACGAGAACCUCACCCUCAGUGCUGUCUCUCUCAGACCAACAGACAAGGCAGAGGAGCAGGAGGAUGAGGAGAUGGAGGACUGUGGCAAGUACCCGGGCCAGAAAUCUUCGCCUGACAACUCAGAUAUGGAGGAAGACGAGGAGGAAGAAGGGGAGGAGUGUCACCAGGAGGAAGAUGAGAGCUCCUCCUUAGUAAAUGGAAAGUCCCAUGCUGUAAAGAAUGAACCAGGAAGUGAGGAGGAGGCGGAGGAAGGGGAAGGAGGGGAGGGCAAGGGUGAAGGUGGUGGUGGUGGUGGUGGUGGCAGCUCAGACGGAGAGGAUGAGGAGAUGGCAGCUCCUGCAAGUGACAAGGAUGGCAAUGAAGAUGAAACAGAAGAAACAAUGAAGAAAGACAUCAAGGAGGAAGGAGAAGAGGAGGAUGACGAUAAUGAUGAUAACAAAGAGGAAGAGGAGGAGGAGGAGGAAGAUGAGGAUGAAGAGGAAGAAGAUGAGGAGGAGGAGCAAGAGGAGGAGGAGGAGAGUCGGGAUAAGAAGGAGCUCGAUGAAGAUUCACAAACAGAAGUUGCUGUGAAAGUUGAGAAUAAUGUUCGGUUAGAGGAGUCAGUCAUUCAGAAAACAGUCAUUGCAAAGAAAACGGAGGACAGUUGCAUUGGUGGAGAAAAUGGGAUGAGGUCUGAGAGAAUACCAAGUAGGGAGAACACAAACAAAACUGUGGAAAUGAAUGAAGUGAGAGACGAAAGGAAGGUAGAGGAAAAAAUCAAUGACACUUUAGAAAAAGCAACUUGUGAAAGGCAGGAGGUGAAAGAUAAGAGAAGGAUAAGCUUAGAUAAAGAUGAGGAAACAGUCACAAAUAACAGCAAGGUUAAUCCCACUAAUGAAGAUGAUAGGAAAGAGAGAACGAGUGAGAAUAAAGUCAUAGAAAUGGAAGAAAGAAUAAAAAGUGAAGUGGAGGAUCAAGACUCCGAUGGUGAUGAUGAUAAUGAUAAUGAUGAUGAUAAUGACAACGAUGAGGAAAUGAAUGAAGAACCACUCAAGGAAAAAACUGUGAUACCUGAAGGUGAUGAGGAAAAAAAUGAAAGUACCAGUGAAGGUGAGAGUUUAAGUGAGAGUAAGAGGAAAGAAAAAAGUAAUGAUAAACAGGAAAGCAAGGAAUGUGACGGUGACACUAGAGAACAAGAGAAAGAGGCAACGGAAAAGACAGGAGUGGAUAGGGAGAGUGAGGACGAGAGUAGAAUACAAACAAUGGACAAGGAAACGGAGGAAAGGAGUGAGAGAAGUGAGAGGAGAAUGGACACAAGUGAGAGUAGUGGCAAUGCAAGUGGCAGCGACCAAAUGGAGAUUGACAUAAAGAAGGAAAUGGAAGUAACGAGAGAAGAAGAGGAGGAGGAGGAGGAGGAGCAGGUGGAGCAGGAGCCACAGAGACAAGAAGAAGAAGCAGAGAUGCCCGAGGAACAGGUGAUAAAGGAGGAGAUGGACACGAGUGAAGAUUUUGAGCGUAGAGAAAGUGUCAUAAGAGAGAAGGAGAGGGAAGACGCAGAGGAGACAGCCCGGAACUCCCUGAUGGACGCAGUGCAGCUCAUGAAGACAAUGGGGACGAUAGCAAUAACACGGCUGGAUGGGAAGAGUCUGGGUGACCGGACGAACGGGGACAGCAUAACGUUGUCGCGGAAGGAGACGCACAGGGCGGAGGAGAGCAGCGAGGAGGACAAGAGAAGCACGGGCGAGGACGCCAUGAAGAACUGCAGCAAGAACGUGUCCCCGCCAACCACAAAGGAGGUAGAGAAUAAGAACAUGGAGCAGCACAUAUCAUCCCUCGGCUGCAGCGUGAGUGUCACCAAGGCGGUGGAGAGAGACAAGGACAAGGAUAAGGUCAGAGAGAAGGAGAGGGAGAAGGAGAAGGUGAAAAUGCCCUCAGGAGUUGACACCACCAGACUCAGUCCCUCCAUCUCCAUCAUUCCCAUGUCCGGGGGAAGCGAACGCCAGAAAGCCAAGACCACCACGGCCCCCUCCUCACCCGACGCCACCACUGCCGCCUCUUCCACCACGUCCUCCCACAGGAACACAUCGCCGUCAGUAGGCCACAACCUCCCCCAUAGCUCCCCCUCCUCCCACUCACAGCAGGCAGCUCCCACGCGAGUCUCCUCAUCAUCCAGCAACUCCCCACAGGCCAGCACGGCGAACCUCCCUCCACCCCCACCACUGUCCCAUCCCCAGGCACCCCCCUCCAGCAGUGUGGGGUCUAGAGGGGUGUUUGGGCCACCUCCACCAGGGUCCAUCAACAUGGCGGGUGGGCGGGGACCCAUCAUGACCACUCCAGGGAUCAGAAUGGUGGGCGGCGUGGGGGGUCCUGGCAUGAUGGUCCCGGCGAGGAUGCCAGGCGGCCCCCCACCGCGUCACCUCCCUCCCGAGGCUGGCCCCUUGUCGGCACAGCUGCACAAACACUCACAGAAGCUGGCAGAGGUGAUGCGUGCCACGCUGGAGGACAUCCUGGGCGGCCUGGUAAUGACUGGGACGCCUGAGGCUCGUGUGGCAGCGCUGCAGCUGGAGCUGGAGCGCACCAACUGGCGGCACCAGCAGGAGGUGGCAGAGGUGCGGCACAAUGCUGACGUCAUGCUGGUGGAGAUGCGAGCGAACUUGGAGGCGGAGAAGCAGCGCGCGGUAGAUGAGGUGAAGCGGCAGAUGGAGGCGCAAAUGAUGGAGGCGCGGAGGCAGAUGGAGGUGCAGAUGAUGGAGCGGCUGGCCGAGGUGCGGAGGCAGAUGGAGGCAGAGAAGCAGCGGGCAGUGGAGGAGACCAAGCGGAAGCAGUGGUGUGCCAACUGUGGGAAGGAAGCGCUGUUCUUCUGCUGCUGGAACACCUCCUACUGUGAUUACCCCUGCCAGCAAUCCCACUGGCCCCAGCACAUGUCGGUGUGUGGCCAGAACAGCGAUGGUGGCGGGGGAGGGGAAGGCGGCCCAGACUCCAUCAACGGGGAGGCCAGUGCUCACUCCUCCCGGGUCUCCACGCCCGUGCAGAACCUUGUGACAGCUCAGCAGUAUGUGGAGGAUGAUGGUGGAGUGGCAGCUUUAGCUGAGGAACACAGGCGGAGAAAAAUGCGUGAGGAUGAUGCGGGCAGUCUUACCUCGUCCAUAUUAGCCCAGUGCCUCAUCAAGGGCAACAGGGACCGACCCAAGAAAAAGGCCAAGUCCCCCUCAUCUGUCAAGUCCAGCCCACCCAAGGACAAGGACAAGGACAAGGACAAAGAGUCUCUGAGUGUGCCUCCCAAGGCCCCCAAGUCCCCCAAGGCCUGGAUGGAGUGGUUCCUGGAGCAGAGCGGGGCUGAGGGCAUCAAGGAGAACCUACAGGUCACCCCCAAGACUGGCAAGGCCAAGGCCAGGAAGUCCAGCAGCAAGCAGGCCCCUGAUGGGCCCAGGAAGAAGCGCAAGAGUACCCCAUGUGUCAGACGCAAGAUUGAGCACAUCCUGAAGCCUGAGGAGGUCACUACGGACAUGCUGGACCGUGUGGCCACCAAGCCCAAGGAGAAGACACACGACCAGGAGAACGGCACUUCCUGUCACCAGUGCCGCCAGAAGACGUCCGACACCAAGACAAUAUGCCGGUCGGGAAAGUGCGUUGGCCUGCGCGGCUUCUUCUGUGGGCCGUGUCUGCGCACCAGGUAUGGGGAGGAUGCCAGGAAGGCCCUGCUGGACCCUGACUGGUGCUGUCCAGUCUGCAGGGGAAUAUGCAACUGCUCGCUGUGUCGCAAGGCCUUUGGACAGCAGGCGGUGGGGCAGAUCGUGCAGCGGCUGGGCAAGAUGGGGUAUACCAGCGUGCAGCAGUACCUGGACUCCAAGGGCAUCAAGGAGGAGCAGGCUGACCCUGGUGACAAGGCCGACAAGGAGCUGAGGCCAGAGGAGGAGGAGGAGGAGGAAGAGGAGGAGAGCCAGGAGUUUGGAGUGGCAAAAGUGGAGAGACUGGAGUUGCCAGAAGAGGAGGAUUGUGCCAUGGAUACCUGACAGUGAGAGGGAAGCACUGCUAGGAGGGGGUGGCUGUGGCUGUGGCACUCUGUGAGGGGCCUUUGUGUCACCCACGUCCUCUGGUCGCCAGGGUGUUGCUGGAACUGUGUGGUUUGCGGCAGUCACCCUCGGGAAACACUUGAAUCGUGCCGUGAUGUUUGUGUUGAGGCCUGACACGAAUUACUCUCCUGUAGCUUUAGCAGUACGGUGUAGCGUCGCCUGUUUAUAUUUGCCAUUAUGAAGUAACAUAGAGUUAGCUUACUUCAUACUACUACAUACAUACUUGCCAUGGGAAACAAAAUGGUGUAUAUUUUCUGAAAUGUUCCUCUUAUUUCCCAGAUCUUGCACUAUAUCUUGUAAAGAAUGUUUUAUCACGACUUCUUGUUGGCAUUCCAAGUGGUGGCAUGUGAGUGUUGAGAGUCCAGGGGCGAGGGAGGGACGGGUGAGGCUUGUAUAGGCCUGGCACACACUGCAGCACAGGACGGUGCAUGGCAGGAUGGAGCAGGGCAGGAGAGACAUGAUGGGUACUAAGAGACGGGCUGGCAUGGUGUACAGUACCUGGCCAGUGUGUUGACAGGACAUUGAAGGCUAGCUAACAUCCACAAGAGACUUGAUAUUCACUCAGCCUGACAAGUAACAAGUGGGGCGUACACUUAGCCUAAGUUUCCUGCCAAUAUUCAGUCUGUUGGGGUGAAAACUCAUGGCUGUUCACACUUCAGAUCAGCUUUUCAGUUUCCAUCAUGCUCCGGAACAGGGCAGAUUGAAAUUCAAUUAAAUAUGUAAUAAUAGUGUUUGGCCUUGCCUGUUACUGCAUCACCUGUAUCCCUGCAUGCCAGUGUUUGUCAGGCCUUGCAUCUAAAGUGAGUGUGCAGCGUCUGUCAUGGCCGAGGGAGAGACAACGCAGCAACACAACACUGGAGUCAAACUUUCACUGUGGAAUGUUGGAGCUAUGCAAAUAUUUAGCCAUAUGAGACUUAAGGCUGUGUGCUGCAUAGGCUGACUCGCACAAAGAUUUCAUUCAUGUAUUAUAUUUGUGUGAAUGUGUGCGUGUGUGUGUGCACGUGUGCUAGUGUAUGGUGUGAGUGCGUCUUGUCUGCCACUAUUAGUAAGUAAUGGGCAAGGCAGUUUUGCUGGUGUGGGGAUCAAUUUCCAACACACAAACACACACAAUGGUUAGAAAGUCACAGUCCGUGUUACAAAGUUAAGGGAAUUACUACGUUAAGAAAAUAUUGAUCUUCCUUUACUGACUGAAAUCUUUGUUUAGGUUAUUUAAGGAUGGGUGAGUUGAGAUUUACAAAUGACUUCAGUAUUAAAACAAUUGUAAGUGAGAAUGAAUUGUAGAUUGUGAAAUGUGGUCAAUGCAUUACUCAUUAUGUUUGCCCUUUGACCGUUAAUGGCAUUGGUUAUUUUUAGUAACAGAGGAUAAUUUUACCGAGAGGAAAUGUAACUUCUGGCAUUAAAAUGCUUAAGACAGUGAGUUGCUUCUCUUGCUGCAGUGGUGUAUUUCAAAAUCACACUAAGCCUUCACUUAACACUUAAUUAAGCUGGAGGAGACAUUGCAGCAGGCAGAGGGUCAGAUACUUCACUAGAUUUUCAUUUGUAAAUAUAAAUUCAGCUUUUAUAAAUCAGAGCUGAAGAAAAUGAUCUGAUGUUGAAAGUUAAUUGAAUGUUUAUGAUUUAACAUUAAUCCAUGUUCAAUUACGUAUCUGAUGUUGCUGAGAGAAUAAAAUGAUCUUACUUGUAGCAUUGAAAGUUGAUAGAAUGUUUGUAAGUCAACAUUCACUCUGAUGUCGCCAAGAGAAAAAAAUUGUCUUCUGAUGUUGAAAAUUGAUGGAAUGUUUGUAAAGCAACACUCACCCAUGCUUAACUUCGUAUCCGAUAUCGCUGAUGUGGCAUUUGUCUGCUAUUAACCCGAGGCUAGUCUGGUGUGUGGUAGGAUGGGCAAUCAAAAGAAGCGUGUGGAUGCAGGCAUGGGAGUGGGUGUGGUGUGGAUGCCAAACCAGAGACCUGAGAAUCAAAGCAAGUCAGUCAGCUGUGAGGAGUGUCAAGCCUUCCUGUCCUUUCACCUACACACAUACAGUAUAGGUGAAGGGGGGGAGAAGGCUUGGCAGGGAUGGGGUGGAGUGGGGAACCUUUAGGGGAGCUAAUAAUAUUACACAGGCUUGUGCUUCCUUCCCUAAACACAAAAGGAAGGUUUGUUUUGCUGAAAAUUUUGAGCUGUGUUGUCAAAUGCUUUGCUGUCUUACCACUGCUUCUGCCGGGCUACAGUGGAAGUUAUUGGGGUCAUAAAGUGUUUUUAUGAUUUAUUUAUGAUUUCAUGUGAGAGUUUAACAAGGAUUCUAUAUUUAGUGGCAGUUAUUAGAGCUUUCAAGUGUAUUUUUCAUGAUUCUGUAGAUAGUUUUGAUAAGGAUUUGUCACCAUUAGUAGAAAACAUGAGAUUCAAACUGUCUCUGUAGCCUUUGCAAAUAGUCCUGGUGAGGCAGCAAACCGUUAAUAAACAUGAGCCACAAACACAAAGAAUUAUCAUACAUUUUGUUUUGUUUGUGAGGAGUUUGGGGUUACUGAUACUUGUUAUGUAAGAUGAUUUAAUAGUGUAGUAUAUAAUUAUGUUACAGAGUGAUGUACUGUGUAGGUACUUGAAAAUGUGAGGUAUUACUGAAAUCCAAAGGUGAAAUAGAGGCAUCUUUAAUUGUGGCAUGAGAAUUUUUACUUAUUCAUUAAUUCUAUCUAUGUAUUCUUUUAUUAACAUCCUGCAUGACAAUAUUUAUAUUUUAUUUAUAUAUUUAUUCUUUUUAUUAACAUCCAGUCUGCUUGCAUCUUUAGCGAGAGAAGAUGAUUGACUUUAAAUGUGGAGCCAAGAUUAUAGAGGUGACCUUCAUUAUGUAUGUUCUUGUGCUGCUACAAAAGGUGUCUUAUUUAUCAUGCACUUGUAUGUUGGAGUCCUUAUUGCUUGUGUUGAGAAUCUCAUGAGAAUUUUGUGGCAUUAUCAGAGGAGAGGGAGAGAAUGUAAUGAAGGAGAGGAGAGGAGGAGCGAAGUAAAGGAACAGUACAAGGAAGAAGGGAAGGUGAAGAUGAGGUAGGAAUGAGAGAAAGUAGGCAAUGUAUGAAGGGAGGAAGGAGGGAGGAGAGAUGAAAGAAAGGAACAGUAUAGCAAAGAAAGAAAAGGAGGUAAAUAUGAGAGAAGAGAAAAUGUAGGAAGGAAGAAAAGAAGAGAAGAUUUAGAAAUUUUUACAUAUAUUUUCAUUCUUUCAUGUUACACCUUCCUUUCUUUCCCUUUCAUUUCUCUUAUUUCAAUCUUAACUAAUCCAUUCUUUUCCUUUUUUCCUUACCUUUCCAUUUCUCCAUGUCAUUUACACCUUCCUUUAUUUCCUCUUGUUUCACUUAUUUCAUUCUUAACUUUCCUUCCAUUCCUUCCCUCUCAGUGUGUACUUAACUUGGCUAGUGUGAGAAGCUGAGAUGAGGGAAUGUAGUGCUACAAGGCUCUCUCCUGGCAUACAGAGGCAUGAGACAGUAGUGUGGUCUUGCAGUGUGGUGUGUGGUGAUGGCUGGUUUGUGAUGUGGUGUGGUAUGAGUCUCAAGUGUGGAUGAAGUGGUAUGUGAACUGUACCUAACCUAACCUGACCUAAGUUGACCCCAUGUAACCUUGCCUAACAAAACCUUACCUAGUAAAGUAUAAUCUCACCUCAUCUAACCUAGUCUAAUCUGAAAACCUUAUGCAACAUAAUAUAACCUUACUGAACAUUAAACGUAACUUAACCAAAUCUAACCUUACAUUACCUAACAUAAUCUUGUCUAACCUAACCUAGGCUAACCUAACUCAACCUAGCCAAACUUAACCUGACUUUUAACUAACCAAACAUAACCUUACCAACUGAAACUAAUGUAACCUAACCUAACCUAACCUUACCUUACCUUACCUUACCUUACCUUACCCAGUCUAACCUAACCUAACUUACCUUACCUAACCAAGCCUUUGCCUACAGUGGAAUAAUAUAGACUGAUGAUAAUGAUGAUGAUGAUGGUGAUGUGUUAUGAAUAUGGUGCCUGAUGGUGAAGCAUGUGGCAUGACUGGGCAGUGAGUGUGGUGAUCUCCUGAGGUGUGGUGGUGAUAGUGGUGAUUGUGGUGAUUGUGGUGAUUGUGAUGGUAACUCUGGCCUUUAAGUAGUGUGCUAGGUGACUAAAGACUUAAAGAGUAGAAGGUGUGUGGAAGCGUUGACUUCUGCACCACAAACUGACAAAUGUUACUUCUCACAUACAUACACACACACACUGAUACAAAUGCUAACAAACUUACACAGACACAAAAAGAAACACACACACACACACACACACACACACACUGAUACAAAUGUUAAUUAUUUACAUACACACACACAAGAACACACACACACACACACACACACACACACACACUGAUACAAAUGCUAAUAACUUAAUUUCACAUACACAUAAAGACAGACACACACUUACACUUACAGACAGACAGAUAGACAGACAGAUAGAUAGACAGACACAGAUAAAUACAAACACACACUUGGCUUACCUGAGACAAGCUUUCUCCCCCUUAACUGUGGUAUAGCGAUAAGUCUGUGCCUGUAAAUAGCAACCGUUUUGGAAAGAAAAAAGAAACGCAGCAUAGUCUUGUUGAUAAGUUUCCCAUAUGAAUUUUUAUAUCUGUAAGGAGCUUUGCAGAUUAAUUAUAUGAAUUUGUAGUUUCUUUUGAAUAAAUGGCAUUUAUUC